GUUUGCUUUCUCUUGGCUGGUCCUUUUGUGUUUUUCUAUAAUACAUGCUUAGAAAGGACAAUAGUAGUCCUGACGACGGCCCAAGUCCGUCGAAAUACCAAAAAGAUCAAAGUUGUGCUUCUAAUGUYGUAGACAGGCGAGCUCUGGGAUGCAUCCAACGAUAUUAACCCUCGGUCUCUCGAUCAACUUCUUAGCGUCAAUUUGUAUUGUAUUUAUCAACAAAUGGAUUUAUGUGAAUCACGGCUUUCCUAACAUAACCUUAACGUGUAUUCACUUCGUUGUAACGUACCUUGGUUUAGUAUUUUGUGCUUUUCUGGGAAUCUUCAAGCCACGAAAACUACCAUUGUUGAAAAUGAUACCUUUGUCAUUGACCUUYUGUGGCUUUGUGGUUUUUACCAAUUUAAGUCUUCAGAACAACACUGUUGGGACUUAUCAGCUUGCCAAGGCGCUUACCACUCCUACAAUUAUUGGCAUUCAUACACUGUUUUAUAAUAGAAGUUAUUCUACAAAUAUCAAGCUAACUAUCAUACCAAUUACUCUAGGUGUUAUUCUUAAUUCGUACUACGAUGUACGAUUUAAUAUAACCGGUACAGUCUAUGCAUCGCUAGGGGUGAUGGUGACGUCAUUAUAUCAAGUGUUGGUGGGAACCAAGCAACAAGAAUUUGGAGUCAACUCCAUGCAGCUUUUAUACUACCAGGCWCCGCUGUCUGCUUGUUUACUUGCUUUUGUUGUKCCUUUCUUUGAACCAGUGGUAGGAAAAGGAGGAUUGUUAUCUUCUUGGCCACCAWUGGCCCUGAUUGCUGUAUUAGCAUCAGGAGUGGUGGCGUUCACAGUGAACUUAUCRAUCUACUGGAUUAUUGGCAACACAUCGCCUGUCACCUAUAACAUGGUUGGUCAUCUAAAAUUCUGUGCCACUCUCUUAGGUGGAUAUUUUCUAUUCCAUGACCCUCUGAAAGUGAAUCAAUUCAUUGGGAUAACCAUUACGUUAUCAGGCAUUAUUAUAUAUACACAUUUUAAACUUAAAGAGCAAAAACAACCACCACUGCCAACAGUCACAAAACAAGUUAAAAUAUAAGUAGCUAUUUAUUUAUUUUUUUACAAUUUUAAAACCUACUAAAGGAUUCAAAUCUUAAAUAUAUAUAAUAGAAUAUGCAUUAUAGCAAGUCCUAUGAAUUAAACUAUUCUAUUCUUAAAUUAA